CGCUAGUCUUAUCGAUAAGGCUUCUCCUCAUUACCGAGGUACGUUUAGUGAACUGGCACUCAACACCAUGAUCUACUUCAGACCGCCAUGAUAUGCUCGUAGCGGCUACAGCUCUCUCAAGUCUGUAGCAAAUAUGCCUCUAGCAGCCCAACCGCCCAAAGCCGUUCUCUUCGACAUUGGAGGGGUCGUUGUGAUAAGUCCUUUCCAGGCAAUUCUUGACUAUGAGAUCGAGAACGAAAUCCCGAUCGGUUACAUAAACUACGCGAUUCAGCAAGGCCCACACGACACGGGCGCGUGGCAGCUCAUCGAACGCGGCGAAGUCAAACUGAACGAUGACUGGUUCGCGUCCUUCAAAGCACAACUCUCGCGACCUGAUAUCUGGCGCGCAUACCUCGCCAGGCUCGCGCAGAAGCAAACCCUCGGCGGCGCUGGCGGCUCAGCGAUCGAGGGCGGAUCCCCUCCUGAGGUCCCAGAGAUAGACGCGAAGAGGCUCUUCUGGCGCAUGAUGAAGAUCUCCCGCGAGCCGGACCCAUACAUGUACCCUGCACUGCGCAAGCUGAAGGAGAGCGGGAAAUUUGUUCUUGGUGCUUUCAGCAACAACAUCACCUUUCCUACCGACAUCCUCGACGAUGAAGGCGUGCUUUUUACGAAGGAUUUGCAGCAUCGCCCUCAUCCAAACCCAUAUGCCAAUGAUUCGACCGACAUUACCACGAACUUCGAUAUCUUCUUGGGCAGCGCGGCGGUAGGUGUUCGAAAACCGGAUCCGGAGGCGUAUAAGUUGGCAACGAGGGAGAUGAGCAAGAUCAGUGAGGGGCAGGGGAAAGGGAAGAUUACUGAGGGCGAUGUGCUGUUUCUGGACGAUAUAGGGAUCAACCUCAAGUUUGCUAAGGAGACUGGAUUGAGGACGAUCAAGGUCAACCUGGCACAAACAAAGGAUGCAGUGAAAGAGUUAGAGGAAGCAACAGGGUUGAGGCUACUCGAUGAGAGGGCAAAGCUGUGAGUGGUGCACUCAGCCAUAUUGUUGGCCAUUGCAUCUGUCCCUUAUCAAUACAACCGCGGCUAUGGGAGGCCUGACGAAGCCAGCACUUUUGGUUCUAUCAAGUUCCUACAACCUUUGCAUGAUGUUUUCACGUCCUCCAGAGGCGCUUUACCCGAAGCCUCUGCGCACUAUACCUGAAUCUCUGCGCUAACUCCCUCGUAUUUUACCUCUCAUGCUCUAGUGGUG